AUGGACCUCGACGAUCAUCAUAGCCAACUGCGAUAUCCUGUCAUCCAUGGAUAUAGGAUAGGAGAGGAGAUUGGUGGUGGAGGUUUUUCAAAAGUUUUUCGAGCAAUAGACGAUACACAUUCAUCAGUAGCAGCAUGUAAAGUGAUCAAUUUAUUUAUAUCACCUACUUUGGGUUACGGUACACCAAACAUCAAAGAAUUACAAAAAGAAGUACAAGUUCAUAAAGCUUUGAAAAACGAUUACAUCUUACAGUUCAUUCAUUCAGAAGUGGUAGAAAGAGAAAAAGAAAAAUCAGGUUAUGUACCUGGUUUAUAUAUGGUAUUGGAAUUAGCUGUAGGAGGUGAUUUAUUUGAUAAGAUAGCGCCCGAUAUUGGUGUACCGGAAGAUUUGGCAAAAUUUUACUUCUCACAAUUAGCUUCUGGGAUGGAAUUCAUCCAUGACAGAGGGAUCGCACACCGUGAUCUAAAACCUGAAAAUCUACUUUUAGCUGCCAAUGGUAAUCUGAAAAUAUCAGAUUUCGGUUUAUGUGCGGUUUUCAGGCAUAAGGGGAAAACUAGAUUAUUGAGUGGUAGAUGUGGAAGUCUACCUUAUGUCGCUCCUGAGCUAGGUAACCCAGCUGGACAAGGAUACGCUGCUGAACCUGUUGACAUAUGGGGCAUGGGUGUCGUACUUUACACCUUACUUGUGGGGAAUACACCGUGGGACGAACCUUCGGAUGCCUCUCCUGAAUUUUGCGCUUUUCGAACGGGUGAAUUGCUCCAGUAUGAUCCAUGGACUAGGAUUCGAGGUCAAGCAAGAUCAAUCCUACUUGCUAUGUUGAAUGUAGAUCCAAAUGAAAGAAUAACGAUGUCAGGUAUCAAAUCCCAUUCAUGGUGUAUGACACCGAGUCAAUUGAGUCGAGAACAGAUACCGGAAGCUUUGACAUCCGGUUUAGUCUCGAGUGGUAUGAUGAAAGUGGCGGAUCCAAUCAUAUCGAAUUCUGCUUCCCAAGCUUAUGCAGCUAGUCAAAGAGUGAAGAAUGAGAGUCAAUGGGGAAGCCAGUUUAACCAACAGGAAUCGCAAUUCAUGAGAAUGACAGGUAAUAUCACUCAAUCAGGAGCAUUGAACACAUCAACCACUCGAUUCUGGUUACGGCUUACAUCAUCUCAGUCAUACCAACUCUUAUAUUCUUAUCUGAAAGAAGAAGUAGGAGAAUCAAAUAUCCAAUCUUCGGCCGAAAGAGGUUUGAUAAGGAUAAAUAAACCUGCAGGUGGGAAAAGUGUACAAGGUGUAUUUCAGAUCAAAGAUAGUGAUGAAUUCAGUCAAGAUGGCGGUCAAAGUUCCGUUAAUAUGAAAAGGGAGAAAGGAUCGAUCUUACAUUGGAGAGCAUUCUGGUGGACGAUAGUGAGAAAUGGUCAUAUCGAGCCAUACGUUAUCAGAGGUGAUUAG